AUGGUCAAAGACUAACAAGUUUUUUAAUUACUUCAGCACAGAAUUCCUUUUCAUUAUCAGAUUGUAAAAUAGUUGGAGAUGAGCUAAUAGAAAAAAAUAAAUUAAAUAAAAAGGCUGCUACUUCAAUAGCUUAUUUGAAA